CGAGGGGGCGGGUCCGGGAGCCCUCCGGCCGCGGCAGGCUGGCGGCUGCUGCGGCGGCGCGGGGACUGCGGGGACUGUGAGGCUGCCGAGCGGACAGCGACUCCCGGGGAAGCCCGCGCCCCGGGAGCGGGAGCAGGAGCAGGAGCAGCGCCGUCCCAGGCCAGAGGCGAGCGCCGGGCGCCGGGAGAGCGGAGAGCCCGGGCAGCUGCCGGAGCGCGGGGGCGCGGCCCGAGGAAACCACAGAGCGAGCCCAGGCCUGGGGAGGGCGCCGGGCGCGAGCCUCCUGCGCCGAACAUCUGAGGCGGCUUCGCGGGAGACAAAGCCGCGCGUAGAGACGCGAUGCCCGCCGAUCGCGAGCCCGGCCGGCGAGGGCGCGGGGACUGCGGCGUCUGAGCGCGCCAAGCCGUGCGCCCGCGGGGACGCCGAGCCCCGGGGCCGGUGCGGGCGGCGGCGGGCGGGGCCCAGGUGCGCCCGGCCGCGUCGGGCCCGUGACUGCUCGGGGGGCGGCGCCCUCCCGCCGCAGCCGCAGUGGCCGGCGCCGCAGCCAGGAGCCAUGGGCAACAUCUCCUCUAACAUCUCGGCCUUCCAGUCCCUGCAUAUCGUCAUGUUGGGCUUGGACUCGGCCGGCAAGACCACGGUGCUCUACCGGCUCAAGUUCAACGAGUUCGUGAACACAGUGCCCACCAUCGGCUUCAACACCGAGAAGAUCAAGCUGAGCAACGGCACGGCCAAGGGCAUCAGCUGCCACUUCUGGGACGUGGGCGGCCAGGAGAAGCUGCGGCCGCUGUGGAAGUCCUACAGCCGCUGCACGGACGGCAUCAUCUACGUGGUGGACUCGGUGGACGUGGACCGGCUGGAGGAGGCCAAGACGGAGCUGCACAAGGUGACCAAGUUCGCCGAGAACCAGGGCACGCCGCUGCUGGUCAUCGCCAACAAGCAGGACCUGCCCAAGUCGCUGCCGGUGGCCGAGAUUGAGAAGCAGCUGGCGCUGCACGAGCUUAUCCCGGCCACCACCUAUCACGUCCAGCCGGCGUGCGCCAUCAUCGGCGAGGGCCUCACCGAGGGCAUGGACAAGCUCUAUGAGAUGAUCCUGAAACGCAGGAAGUCCCUCAAGCAGAAGAAGAAGCGGUAAUGCGCCCGGAGCGACCGGGGAGCGAGCAAGUGCGUCAAGAAAGAAUGAAUGGAUGGAUGGAUGGAUGGAUGGAUGGAUGGAUGGAUGGAUGAGCGAGAACCCGCGCCCGCGAACAAAGAGCGAACCAAAGCGAUGCUUCGAAUUUUUAAAACGGAAUCUCUGCACCCAAAUGCAGGACUGGUGACUUAAGGAGCUGCGAAGUCUGAUUUACCGGCCUACUCUCGACCUGACCCCCACCCCCAGCUCAGGGGACCUUUUGUCUGAACGCCAGAGCUACUGACCAGGUCGGGGGGCCGCGGUGGGGAGUGGAAGAGCCGGUCCUGCUGUCCGCCCUCCCAGCCCCAGGUGGAAGGCUCAGUUGUCGGAAAGACAAAAGGGAUUUCUUCCCACUCCUGCAGGGCCAGAAGUUCAGGCUGCCCCGCCCCCACUGGGGGAUCGCACCUGUGAAUUACCUGAGGUAUGCAUUUCCCAGAACCGUGGGCGUACCCACCUCGGGGGGCAUGUUGGUUCUGGGGGGACCACCUCUCCUUGCAUUCAGGGGCUGUGAAGCUGAGUAAUUUUCGGUCACAGGGCAGGCCCCUGUUGAAAUUUCAUUUGUCCUGCUCUGGGCCCAAAGGUGGUGGUGGUUUGGGUCAUCAGAGGACUGCCUGGGACGGUUCAGCGGGCACGGAGCGCUGUGCUGGCCUGGCUGGGGAUGGCCGCGGAGGUGCCCUUUUCCUGGUGCUUUGUGGUGGCUGCAGAAGACCAGUGUUGUUGAGAACUGCUUUUCAGCCUGGAAUCAGACAUCUUCCAGAUGGUUUGGACCCUGUCCAUGUGUAGGUCAUUAUCACACAAAGAGACCAAUAAAAAUAAAAAAAAUUAAAAAAAAAGACGAACUGUUGGAGGUGGUGGCCAAUGAUGCAUUUACUGUUUGCAGGAUAGUUAAAGGUGUUUAAAGGGUAAGGCUUUUGGUGUAAAUGCUGGAUGGGGUGUGUGUGUGUGUGGAUAUAGGGACCUCCCUCUGUACUGUGUAAUCGGCAUUAAUACCUAGACUCAUAUGUAUGGAAUUUUAAAUUCUCUUAGCCUACUGAUUGGUUUGGAUGAACACACCAGCUGCAGGUGUGUGCUGAAUUGCAAGAUGGUAUUUUUUUUUUUUUAACCAAGGGAUGUCUCUUGUAAUACUAACCGCGUGAUAAUGGGUUUUCAGACAUGUUGAAAAAAAAAAAAAAACUUUUACAAAUGAAUACUUACCUUAGAAAUAUUCACCUUAGGAAAAAAGACUUUGCUCUGCCCUUUUAUAUUCCUUUAUGCUGCAAGUGGCGACAUGUUCAGAUUUCUAAUUUGGUUCAUUGUGGCCUAUCUGGUUUAAGUAUUUCAUUAAAAAUGUCUCGUUAGAGUAUUUGAUGUCAUGCACCAAAAAAAUAAAACCCCACCUUGUUGCAAAAGCUGACCUCGUUGCAUGGAAUUAAAAGAGAAGGAAAAACACGAGGAUGAAGUCUUUCCGAAUUCAUUCUUGUGGGAACUGGCCUUCGGAGCCAGCCAGCACUUUGGGCAAAUGCAAACAACAAUGAGUGCUUGAGAUAAAAGAAAGUGUGACGUCAUGGUCACUGGUACUCAGGCACUUCACAGUUUACUUGAAAGAGGCUUUGGAAAAUAGAUAAAGUGAAAGAAGAAUAAAUACAUAUUUUUAAUAAUGUAAUUUAAAAAAUCCUUUAUAAUCAGGACUGAGUCUUGGUUUGCAGAAGCUGUCACUUACCCUGAAACACAGUAUCAAAAGGGAAACUUAAAACAUACUGUUUGAUUUUUUUAUUUCCUCUUACAAUCUAUGUUUUCAGGUAGAAUUAUGACUUUCCCCCCAUUGUUACACAUUUCUUUACAAAGGAGGCCUGUAGAAAUUGGACACAAUCAUGCUUGAGCAUGUGAGUUAGUCAAAUUAUGAGUCCCUGCCUAUUGUCCAUUACACACCGAAUGUUAAUUUAAGAACCAGAGGCAGAAGUUCUGGCUUCCUGCUUGAAACCCAAUUCUUAUAUGAAAUUUUUUAAAAGCAGAAACCUAGCAGCCCAUCUGCUUUUUCUCUUUUGUCGGUGUAUUUGGUACCCCUCCAAUGCUGGUCUUUUUGUAGAAACUCAGUAGAGAAAGUCUAGCUAAGCAGUGUUGAAAAGCCUGCAAGAUUUCAGUUUACAUAUCGACAGCAUAUCCACUGAUUUCUAAAUGGGCUGGUCCCAUCAUCUGAAGAUUCUGUAUAGAAUUAUUAAAAAAAAAUCCAUCUUUCUUUAUUUUCUUCACAUGCGACAAUUUCUUAAGCACUUUGACAUUUUGGUAGUUCCACACUAUUGAGAGAAUAAUAUAUUUAUUUUGUGACAUUGCAGAUGCCAAAUACUGUAACCUUCUCGUGAUAACAAUACUUAGGUUCAAGAUCACUGUUCAAACCCUGUCAUGCUUUAAAACUGAUGCGAGAUGAUUUUGUUUUUUGCAUAAUCAAUACUUAAGGGUGCAAUCAACUGUUAGUAAUUGUGCAGUAAAGUAAAGCCCUGUGGUGUAUCAACUACUAGUUAAGAGUCUCAGUUGAUUUCUGUAAUGUUUGACCUAAUAAUAGCCCGUUUCGUCUCUGACCCAACAGAGGAAGCACAGAUCAAAUCACCUUGGAGUGGUCACCAGGGGGACAGGGAGCCCCCCACCAAUGUAUCAAUGGGUGAUUUAUGAUGCCUUCUGCCCUUUGGCGAGUGAAUGGGUUUCCCAUAGGGGAAGUUGGCCUCCCUCCGUGAGCUUUGGAAAUGUUUUCUAAUAGACACAGGGAGGCCAGUUCUGUUUCAGAGCAAUUAUCUUCCCAAAUUCUCUGUUCUGGUGUUGGAACUGUGUGCCCUGGUUUCUGUUUUCCUUUCUACUGCUGUAAUUCUCUGUCUCAUCAUCCUUCUCUUUUGUUUCCAUAGCCUUUUAUAAUGCAUAUAUGAUGCUGUGAACAGAAAUAAAUUAUUUAUACAAUCAAA